AUGCAUCUCGACGACUCUUCCGACUCGGGAUUGAAGGAGUUCCUGACCAAGGAACUGGCACAGAUCUCUGAUGCCGACCCUGCAAUGCUGGCUGACUAUAUCAUCGCCCUGCUCAAGCACGACAAGGAGAACGAUGAGCUCAAGGAACUCUGCGUGUCACAGCUGGACGAUUUCCUGCAGCAAGAAACGGUACCUUUUGUCGAUAUGCUGUUCGAGGCCCUGGCAACAAAGUCCUACAGAUCAAAUGGAUCAGGAGUAUCAGUCUCGGCACCACGUUCCUAUGGAGGCUCUUCAUCUGGAUCUUCUGCAGAUCGCACCUCCCAUCAACGUCAGGAGAAGCAUCACCGCGGAGACAGUGAUGGCUCGGACGACGAGGAUCGGAGCUACAAACAUGCACGCCGAGAUGAUACCCGCGACGUAUCGUCAACAAUAACCAGCAGCAGCAGUAAUACCAACAAUAUCAACAACAACGGUCGGCGAAGAGAAUACAGUCCCUCGCGCCCCAGUGACGACAAUCGGUCUGACCCAAGGCGCGGCGGCCGUUCCAAUGACUCUAACGCCUCCGGUCAAUCCGACUCUGAUCGCCGUGGAGACCGAUCUUCUCAAGGAGGCUUUUCCAGACAGCAGGGGUUGACCACUGCAGGGUUCAACAACCGGAAUAACACGAACAGUAGCAACAACAGCAACGCAGGCAUGGAUCGUGGCCAGUGGAAUGGUGGCCAACAACGGAGCCAAUUCCAAGAUGGUGGACGCGGCAACUUCCAGGAUCAGCAGGGUAAUGGAUCCUGGCGUGGCGGUGCCAACAACAUGCGUGGUGGUCGAGGUGGUAUGCAGGGUAGCCAAGGUUUCGGACAGGACAGACCUAAGCGCCAGAGAUGCCGUGACUAUGAUGAGAAGGGGUUCUGCAUGCGUGGAGAUAUGUGCCCAUAUGAUCACGGAGAUGACAGGAUCGUUGUCGACGAGAUGGCGCAAGUUCCCUUUGGCAUGAUGGGCGUUCCAGGCAUGGGACCCAACGGCAUGAUGGCUAUGGGCGCUAUGGGCGGUAUGGGAAGACCACCCUUCUUCCCUGGCAUGCCAAGCGAGAUCAUCGCCCCCCACGGAUCUGACAUGUAUGAUGCCGACGGCGCACCUUUAUCAGAGACCAUGGGCGCUUCCAAGUUUCCCACGGACUCGUCUGAGAGCUGGCGUAGUGAAGGUGGUGGACGAUUCGACUCUGCCAGAGGCGGAGCCAGAGGUCGCGGCAGUCUCAGAGGUAUGCGAGGAGGUCGUGGUCGAGGAGGUUCAUCUCAUCCCUAUGCUGCGCCUGGGCGCUUUGGAGCAGGAGGAAGUUCAGGAGGCGCUGCCGGAUCAAAGACUUCCCUCGUGGUUGAGAAUAUACCCGACGAGUUCAACACCAUCGACAAAGUGAACGAGUUCUUCAAGAGCUUUGGAAGCCUGACCAAUAUCCAGGUCGACCAAGCUGCACACAAGGCUCUGAUCCAAUACAGUACCCGCGACGAGGCCAGCGCCGCCUAUAACUCGCCCGAGGUCAUUUUUGGAAACCGGUUUGUCAAGGUUUACUGGCAGCCGGAUGAUCUGGACUCGGCCACUUUUGGCCGUCAGCCCAAGCCUACUGGACAGGUUCGACCCGAGACACCUGCUGCAGGCGCAACUCACUACCCCAUGCCGCCAACUACGAGUGUCCUAAUGACGCCUGAGCGUGCAGCAGAGUUGGCAGAGGAACGUGCAGCAGCAGCAGCCAAGAAGGAGGAGAAUAAGAAGACUAUGCUGGAGAUUCAGCGUCAGAAGGAAGCGCUCGCACAGCGUCAGCAGGAGGAGCAAAAGUUGCUUAUGCAGGCGCUCCUUGCCAAAAAGAACAUGUCGCAGAAGGACAAGGAUGAGAUUUUGAGUGGACUUAAGAAUGUCGCCAUCGAGAUCACUAAGGAGGCUGUCGACCCACACGCACAGGCCAGAGCUGCAGCCACUGCUGCCGAGGCACUGCGACAGGUGGAGCUUCAGAAGGAGGCUGAGCGACUCGAGAAGGCUCGUCUAGACACUGAACUGGAAGUUUUGAACGCCACGCCUUCUGCGUCAGGUACCACUGACGCUGCCGAGACCACUGCUGCCCUCAAGGCCAAACUUGCCGCUCUACAGGCUGAGGCUGCUGCACUUGGAUUGGAGCAACAAGGAGGUUAUGCAGGACGUGGUCGUGGAGGAUACGUUCCACGCGGAAGAGGUCGCGGAGCACCUGCUAACUCUUGGGCUCGGGGCGGCGGACGUGGAGGAGCCAUUGUCUCUCACCAUCGCACUUUCCGGAUCGAUAACCGCUCAACAAAACUCUCUGUCCAGAAUGUUGAUGAUCUCUCUAAAGAUGGACUUCGCGAGCACUUUGAGACAUUUGGCGAAGUGGAGUCGUUCAUCUUGGGGGCAGAUGGAGCAUCGGCAACAGUGCAGUUCAAGAACCGCAAGGACGCCGAGGUUGCAAUGCAGCAGGGAAGUCAGACCGCCAAUGCGGCAGCGGGACCCUUGAAGCUCAACUGGAUCUCUGAACCCCAACAGGCACCUGUGUCUUCAACAGCACCUUUGUACGGCGCUGGGUUCCCUAAAGUCAGUACGCCUGCGACGAUCUCAGUAGCAGCACCUGUCUCGACGACUGUUUCUGAUGAUGCAGAUGCAGCGGCAGCUGCGGCCGCGGCCGCGGCUGGAAGUUUUGGAGAGAGCGAUGAUGAGGAGCAUGGCGAGCGGUCAUGGAAACGUUAG